AUGGCCUCCCCAGGUCACAUGAUGCAAGAAAAACAGUUCCAGUGCACCAUCUGUCAUCAGGUGUUCACAGACCCGGUCACCACUCCCUGCGGACACAACUUCUGCCAGGCCUGCAUCCAGAACGUGUGGGACAGCAGCGAGGUCUGCCAGUGCCCCACCUGUAACAAACCGUUCACCUCCCGGCCUGAAAUAAGCAUCAACACGGCCUUCAAAGAGCUGGCGGACUCAUUCAGGCAGAUUACAGUCUGUUCGACGGCCUCACCGCUCUGUUCAGCCAAACCCGGCGAGGUGGCGUGCGACGUCUGCGCCUCAACCUCCGUGCCGGUGAGGGCCCAGAAGUCCUGCCUGGUGUGUCUGACCUCGUACUGUGAAGCCCACCUGGAGCCCCACCGGAGAGUCGCCACCUUGAGGGUCCACAAGCUGAUCGAGCCGGUCAACAACCUGCAGGACAGGAUGUGCAAGAAGCACGAGAGGCUGCUGGAGAUGUUCUGCAGAGACGAGCAGAAGUGUGUGUGCCAGUUCUGCACCGAGACGCAGCACAAAGGUCACCAGGCUGUGACGAUAGAGGACGAGAGCGGGGAGAGGAAGGUCCAAAUGAAGAAGACUGAGACGAAUUACCAGCAGAUGAUCCAGGACCGACUGAAGAAGGUGGAGGAGAUCAAAACCUGUCUGAAGCUCAGCAACACGAGUGCAGAGAAGGAGAUGAAGGAGAGCGACCGUCUCUUCGCGUCUCUGAUUCGCUCAGUUGAGGAGAGACAAACUGAAGUCAACACCGACAUCAAGGAGAAGCAGAGAGCAGCAGAGAGGAGAGCAGAGGAGCUCCAAAACGAGCUGCAGCAGGAAAUCACCGAACUGCAGAGGAGAAGCUCUGAGCUGGAGGAGCUGAGAGACACCGAGGACCAUCUGAACGUCGUACAGAAGUCGCCCUCUCUUAUGUCACCUCCUCCCACCAGAGAGUGGACGGAGAUCGGCGUGAACCCUGAACUCUGUGUGGGGACGGUGAGGGGGGCGCUGUCCAAACUGGACGACACCCUGAGGAAUGAGUUGGACGGCCUGAAGAAGGAAGAGAUGAAGAAGAUGCAGAAAUAUGCAGUUGAUGUGGUUUUAGACCCGGACACUGCUCAUCCAAACAUCGUCCUGUCCGCUGACGGAAAGCAGGGGGGCCGCGGCGAGCUGCUGCACGUCGUCCCCGACAACCCCCAACGCUUCGACCCCGUCAUCUGCGUUCUGGCCAAGAGGGGCUUCCUGUCCGGGAGGUUCUACUUCCAGGUUGCCGUUGGGCCAAAGACCUUCUGGGACCUUGGCGUGGUGAAGGAGUCCGUCAACAGGAAGGGGAUGAUCACCUCCAAUCCGGAGAACGGCUAUUGGACGGUGCGGCUGAGGGGAGGUGAAGAGUACCGCGCUCUGGACUCCCCAUCGGUCCUCCUUUCCCUCAAGGACAAGCCGAAGGUCGUCGGAGUGUUUACGGACUACGACCAGGGCACCGUGUCGUUCUUCGACGUGGAGACCAAGUCUCACAUCUACUCCUUCACUGAGUGCUUGUUCUCGGAGAGGAUCUUCCCUUUCUUCAGCCCGGGUGUUUUCGAUGAAGGGAGAAAUACAGCGGCGUUGGUUAUCACAGAUGUUAAUCAUCCUUAA